AUGUCAUCGCUUGAUUUCGCUGAUAAUCAACACGGCAAAACUACAAUGAAGAGAAGAAGACCGUUUUGUUUACGUUGCGAAAAACGCAACAGAACUGAUUUAUGCCAAUAUGAUGCUUCUUCAUAUUUGAAAAAGCGGAAGAAAGAUGGAUCACAAAAAUCAUCAAUAGAAGAGACAACAGAGAACGAAUAUACUUCAAAUGACAAGGAAAGUGCACUUCAUCAAGAAUUGGAUGAUAUCAAACUACAAUUGAAGGGAUUACAGGAAAUAAUAUUGAAAAAUGUUGGUAACGAGAAUCUGCACCCAAAUGAGACACCCCAAACCCGCCGGGAUCAAAUUCAUUUCAAUCCUUCAACACAAUUGGAUGGUAGCACCAAUCAGUUUCUCCCUCAACAAAUUAUGACAGGUUAUGUCCCUGGUGAUAACAAGGAAUUUGAAAAGAGGAAAAUAAUGGAGCUUUCACAAGCAUUUGGAGUGGAUCCAGACAGUACAGUGGACAUUUAUGGCGGUCCACCGACACAAAUGAUAAAAUACUCGCGUGUUAAUAAUCAUGGGAUACUUUCUUGGAUUGCAACACUUUUGAAUGAUCCAUUUCUUAAUCCUUUAUACACUUCCACGAUUGGCAAAUAUAAAUGUAAAACACCACUUGUUCCACCAUGGUUUAAGGCGAAGAUGGCUAAAACACCAGAGAAUAAAGAGUUUGCAGCGCAAUUUCUGGACAGGACAGGAAUGUCUGAAGUGCGUCCAUUAGACGAGGAUUCAAAGCAUUGUGAAGGGAGUAGUAAGAAAAAAACUACCAAGCAAGUUAGCCAAUCGGAGGAGAAUCAGUCAAGUCGGGAAUAUUAUUCUUUUGUAAGGCGUCCUCCGGAGAAGAAGUCCAUAGCCAAUUUGAGGAAAUGCAUUUUGCAGAUUCUUCCGACAAAGAAAGUCAUUUGGAUGCUUAUUGAUCGCUUUUUCAUUUACAUAUAUCCAUUCUGUCCAUGUCUUGAUGAAAACGAAUUCAUAGACAAGAUCUGUGGAAUUAUUGGUCCCUUGAGUAUGGAGGAGACCAAGAUCGACAAACUCAACGUGUUAAAGCUUCUUGAUGUAGCCAAUAUCGGAUCCUUGCUUCUUGUUUUGAAACUUGCAUGGUUAUCGUUACGAUCAAAUAGUGAAGAAGAGUUGGAUAAUCCUGGAAGGACAACUAGCGAGAAAUAUCUUUUGGAACAUCCUAUAAGCAAAGACUUGGCGCUAACUGCACAAAUGUGUAUUGAUGAGUUUAAUCUUUUAGGCCGGUGCUCACUAGAUCUUCUUCAGACACUGCUUCUAAUGAAGUUUUUCAAAAAUGUGACAGGUUCUGAUGGAUUCAGUGAUGGCAGACAGCAGGUCUUUCUUUCUUUACUCACACACAUUGGAAUAUCAAUAGGACUAAACAGAGAUCCCUCAAAGUAUAGUGGUGUGGGAGAUAUCAAUCACUCGCAUGAAAUUCUUAGAAAAAUAUGGUAUUCAUUGGAAUGGUACUCGACUCUGCAAUCGAUUUCGUUAGGACUUGAACCCCAAAUUGACAGCAGAUAUUAUGACACUAGACUUCCAAAAUUCAGCAGGAAAACUUCUAAUGUUCGCAACCUCGAUGUUGAAACAGAGACUGUAAAUGGAAUUAUCCAGCAGCAUGAAAUAAGCAUUAUGGUGAAUGAAGUUUUUGAGACGCUACUUGAUAUGAAGCAUCCUCCUACAGUUGGAGAUAUCCUAUACAUGAUGGACAAAAUUGAAAUUUACUUGAACAAGAGAUGGGGAUCGCUUAGCAACAUUCUGACCUUAAAUGAUGGAGUAUAUUCAAAUAAUCUUAGCAAGGCCCGUGAUAUACACUACUACACUCAAUUAGCAAUGCUCCUUUUUUCAAUAUUUCAUCAUUUGCUGCUUGCUUUUGAGCGAGAACAAAAUUGCCAUGCAUGCUUUCACUUUCUUGAAAAAUGCCUCUUUUAUUCGUUUGAAGUUUCAAACCAUGUAGCUGAAAUCAUGGAGCACAGUUAUCGACUCUGCUGCCUGGAGAAAUCGCUUCAGGAACAGCAGAAGCAGAAAAGCAGAUUUAAGAGAAGGGAUUUCAUACUUGAGAAGAUCACUAAACUUAAGAAUGACAUGCUGAACAACAAUUUCAUGCACAUACUUAAACACUUCAGGUUAGUUAAAGACCAUACAUUUUUUGCAUGGUUGACCAUGGGGAUCUGCAGCUCAAUUUUCAGGUUUUUACGUGAAAACAAGGUGAAAGCGUUUACCAAAAAGUACAACUUUCUUUCGCAUUUGACAGAAAAGGAGCUUUUAAGUUUGCUCUCUUCUACUGAAAAGUAUAUUUGCAAGAAGAAUGGAAAGCCAACAGAGAAGGCUUUUGAUCCUGAGGCGGAGUUUGAAAAGGCAGACACAAACCUUGCUGCUGAUUUUGAUAAGCUUUGGACUAGUUCGAUGCAAGCUGAACAAAAACAGGAUGAUAGCCCUCAAAAGAAGCUUCCAGUAUUCCAAUUUCCGGAUGAUCUUGCUCUGAACUGGCAGUCAUAUUAUGACUUUGCAUUUGAUCCAAUGAACACGGAACUUUUUGGAAAAGACAAGUACAAUCAUCAGCAACAGGAAUUUGGUUCUGAAUCAGGUGCAACCGCUGCAGACACCAAUACACCAGGAGAUGAAACAGGGAUGAAUCAACAAGGAAGCAGCUCCUAUUUUGAUGCAUGGACGGGACUAUGA